AUGUCUCCUGAGAAGAGAAGCAGAAGGCCCUUUUCUCCCCCAAAGGAAAAGUUAUUUUCUGCGAAGAGAAAAAGAUCCUCGGUUUCUCAGAAAAAGUCCCCAUCUCCUCAGAGAACUCCAUCUCCAAAACCACCAUCUACGGUUCCUCCAACCCCCCCUCUUUCUCCGACAGUUUCUGAACCAGCUGUAAAUGUUGUACCACCCGACCCACCUGUGCCCACAAACCUAUCUGCACUCGCGCGAAAAUACGGGAUUGUGCACGUUGAUACUAGUGAUGAGAUGUAUAUGAAGUAUCUAUAUAACCGAGGGAAAUCAGGUGAGGAAAACCCUUGGUUGUACUCGAACCCAUCUGCGGAGUUUCUUUUCUCAAAACAUGAUGGGAUUACUGAUGGCAAACAGCAUAUACACCUGUAGAUCCCGUUUUUAUUGUCAAUUCGAGUAGCAAGCCAGAAGAAGAAUUCCAUUACCGGGAGAUAGAACAUUAUCAGAAAAUAAUAUUUAAUGGAUUUACGGCGAAUGAGUUAUUGGAAGUAGGGGCUUAUCCGGUAUUGGGACAGGAGGAGAUUCCAAUUGAGGACCCUAUUCAGUAG